CCAUUGGCCAGGUGAGGUCCUGUGUACCUUUCCUGGCCUAGCGCUACCCUCCAGAGACCGGCCUUGCCCCAAACCGAAGCUUGGCCUCCAGUGGGGGCCAUGUGGCCCCGUGAAUGACCAGCUAGGCUUCCCAUGAGGCUAGGCCUCUCAGGCCUGGGCCAAAGAGCUUCCUGCUCACCGAGGUAGGCUCCCGCCCCCGUGACAGACAACUGAGAUGAGGAAUGCAUCAGGCUUUCUGAAAACAGCCGGAGCUCCCUUGGUGUCAGCGACCUGGAUUCCACACAGCCCCUCUCUGGCAAUGCCCAUGGUGGCAGCUGGGCCGCAGAUGGAGCGCGUGGACAACGGUUCACAGGGGCACCCCCAGCUCUUCCUCACCAGUGCAUUGGCCCGAGGCGUGUCAGGCGUGUUUGUAUGGACUGCUCUGCUCCUAACCUGCCACCAGAUCUACUCGCACCUGCGUUCCUACACCGUCCCGCAAGAGCAGCGCUUCGUCAUCCGCCUCCUGUUCAUUGUGCCCAUCUACGCCUUCGACUCAUGGCUCAGCCUCCUCCUCCUCGGGGGCCAUCCAUACUACGUCUACUUAGACUCUGUGCGAGACUGUUACGAAGCAUUUGUCAUCUACAGUUUCCUGGCCUUGUGCUUCCAGUAUCUGGGGGGAGAGAGCGCCAUCAUGGCUGAGAUCCGUGGCAAACCUAUCCGGUCCAGCUGCUUCUAUGGGACCUGCUGCCUCCGUGGCAUGUCCUAUUCCAUCACUUUCUUACGUUUCUGCAAACAGGCCACACUACAGUUCUGCAUUGUGAAACCUGUCAUGGCUUUGACCACCAUCAUCCUCCAGGCUUUCGACAAAUACCACGAUGGAGACUUCAACAUCCACAGCGGCUACCUGUACGUGACCCUCGUGUACAAUGCCUCAGUUAGCCUGGCUCUCUACGCUCUGCUCCUUUUCUACUUCGCUACCAGAGACCUCCUGAGGCCCUUUGAGCCAUUGCUCAAGUUCCUCACCAUCAAAGCCAUCAUCUUCCUCUCCUUCUGGCAGGGAAUGCUGCUUGCCAUCUUGGAGAGGUGUGGGGUCAUCCCUGAGGUCCAGGCCAUGGACGGCACCAGGGUGGGGGCUGGUACCCUCGCCGCUGGCUACCAGAAUUUCCUUAUCUGUGUUGAGAUGCUGUUUGCCUCGCUUGCGCUGCGCUAUGCCUUUCCCAGUCAGGUGUACUCAGAGAAGAAGAACUCGCCAGCUCUGCCAGCACCUAUGCAGAGUAUAUCCAGUGGCUUAAAGGAGACCAUCAGUCCACAGGAUAUCGUCCAGGAUGCCAUCCAUAACUUCUCACCAGCAUACCAGCAGUAUACACAGCAGUCCACACACGAAGCUCCUGGGCCUGGCCAGGGUGGGCACCCAUCGUCCAGCACCCACCCUGGCCCAGCCAGCAGCUCCGGAGGGGGUAAGAAGAGUCGCAACAUAGAGAAACGCAUGCUGAUUCCGUCAGAGGACCUGUAGGGGCAUGGGGUGUGUGGAGCCUAGCAGGGGACCCACCCAUCAGCAUUUCUUUUGACAGAGGCCCAGCCUCUUCUGAGAGCUCACUGGGGAGGGGGGCAGCACGUUGGCCCUCUCUAUUCCCUAUAUCGCCCAGAGCAAAGUCACCUGGGCAAAUUGGACAAACCUAAGGACCCAGUGAGAUGUCUUAGUUACAGCCUGCAGGUGGCGCUAUGAGUUGGCCCUUCCUUCCACAGGCAGAAGCAGCGCAUGGUAGAUCCCAGGCUGUGUCACUGCAGAGAGAGAUGGCCAGGGAGAAUGGGCCCAGUCAUUCAGGCCUGGGGAGCCACAUAGCCUCGACCUGGCUGUGGCUAUCUUAGAUGUAUGAAGAAGGCCCUUUGUCCUGCAUUCUAGCACAGAUACUUGGCCAAGCCCUCCCAGGGACAGCCUAGCCUAUUCAGCACAACAGGGUUGCCAGUGCGCCAGCCUGCCAGCUACUGACUGCUUAUUUAUAGAUAAACUCCUUGCAUUUUUUAGAGUUUGUUGGGCUUUCUUUUCAUGUGGGGCUUGUCUUCUGAGUGAUGGAUCCCUAAGUAGUGGGUUCGCUGGGGCCCACGGAGCGAGGCUGGGUGUCAGAAACAGCCAAGGUGUAAGCCACGAUGUGGCUCAGAGCAGUAUAGGGCAAAGGGUGUGGACCUUGUCCCCAGAUGACCAGCUCUGUUCCACAACAAAAGUUGGGACAGUCACCUCCCUCUGAACCUCAGGUUGACCCAACCCUAAAGUGUUUUAUAAAGCUUGUGGCACACAGCCUAGCAUGCCCGAGUACAGGGACUCAGGCCCGGGAGCCCCCUUCUGUCUUUCCUCUUUCUGUGUACCCAGUUCAGUGCUCAGGGAGUCUGGGAUAGGCUAGACUGGCUUUGGAAACAUGGAGGACAAAGGUAACUGGUAGCGAGUCAGUGACCAGCUGUCCAGGCAAGCAACCAGACAGAAGUGCCCGGUGGAAACCACCCAGGAACAGCAUCGCUUUGCCCAGUUGCCAGCUCCCAGAGCCCACAGUAUCAGACAAGGUGCACUUCCCUGCCUUCUUGUUCUCGGGGCCCAGAGACAGGAGGAGUCAAGGCCAGUGGCGUCUCCCUGGCCCUUCUGGGUUGAUAAGAUAGACUCUGUUUCUCCCUGCACCUGACUGUAAAAAGCCACCCACACCUACUUAUCUGCCUUCUGGGACGGGCAGGCCCACAGGGUGGCCCCCUCAGCCCACACAGUCAGCAGAACUGGGAGGGGCUCAAUACUCCGAGAGACCUACACUCUAGAGGCUCAGCGCUGGCCUUCAAAUACGAGAAGAGGCUUAGGGCUCGGCCAGCAGGGGGCUGCCUUCCUUUGUCCUGGAGAGGCCAUAAGCAGUGACAAGCUAGGAAGGAUCUGCUUCCCAGGAGCUCAGACACAAAGUAAGAUCCUAGGCCUUGGGCAGUAUCUGGGGUCUGCACUUUAGAGAGAAGGCCAAACUGACAUCACUAAACACCCACACAUGCACCAGGAACCUCUGUACCCUGGUCCUGGGGAAGGUGUGCCAAACAAAGAAAUUCAACAAGUUGCCCGCAGUUACUAAGACAGUAGGGGAUGCUACCAGUAGGGGUCACUGCGCCUUGCUUCCCUCUCCCCCUCUACCACCAUUCAGACAUGCCUCAGUCCAACUUGACACCAAGCAAAGUUGGGCCAGGGUUAACGUGGCACCCAGGGCUCUGGUGGAAUGUGGCUGUGGACUGACUCAGAAGGAUCUGACCAGGCCAAAGUGCUCAAAGAAUAAUGGGGAGUCAUCAGAAUACCAGGGGAAGAAGGGGGCUUCGGUCUCAUCGCCUCUGGUGAAAGGACCAACUGCAAGUCUGACCCAUGGGGCCCAAGGAGGGACAGCUUGCCAGGCAGAAACUUUGCAGAUCCUGGCACAACCUUCUGCUAUUUCAUGUGUGUGUACAUUUGUAAGGAGGUCAAAGGUCAAUGCUGGGUGUCUUCCUUGGUUAUUUUCCACAUUAGUUUUUAGGACAGGAUCUCUCACUGAAUGUAGAGUUUCAUCAUUUUGGCUAGGCUUACUAGCUAGUAAGCACCAAAGAUCUGCCUGUCUUUGUCCCUACAAUUGCUGAGAUUACACACACAUAACAGGUGUUUUGUUUGGGUUUGGUUUGGUUUAUCAAGACAGGGUCUCUCUGUGUAAGAGCUCUGGCUGUCCUAGAACUAGCUCUUGUAGACCAGGCUAGUCUCAAACUCAGAGACUCACCUGCCUCUGCCUCCUGAGUGCUGGGAUUA